UGAUUCGCCCCGGCCGGAAGCAAGCUCGUGGUAGUAGGCAUCGGUCAUAUGACCGAAGGUCUACGGUAACGACUGAAGAGAGAGCGUCCUUCAAUUUCCUUAGUUUCGAACGUAAUCUGGUCCAAAACAUGGGCAUCCCGGAAUCUCGCGCGGAACCGAGGUAGAGAUGGCGCCGUCGCUGGCACCGUCGUUUGACUGGAGUACUAAUUUCUAAGUCAUUGUGCGCAAACGCUGAUAAGAUCAAAUGUUCGCCAAAACGGGCAUUGCGGGCCAUGUUGUCAGUAUCAGCAAUCUAGAGUUUUCAGCCCCCCAAAGUUGUGAUGUCGCCAUGCUUUGGCUUCGCCAGGUGCCAAGGCGCACGUUUCCCCAACUCAGAACCGUGGAGGCGCCCUUUCCUUGGGGUACCCGCGCACCUUGGGACUCCUCAGCUCAUCCCCUUCAUCUUUCCAUACAUCCUCCACAAAAUCCAUAACCUGACUAUACCCCAACUCAGGAUACGUAACCUGCGGUGGGCCGUACAAUAGCCCAGGAGUCCUGACGGACUCCUGGGCCCUGAAUCAAGCAAUCAUAAGAUACGUCAGACAGUGAAGGACAGUUCACCGCCUUCCUAAUUAGCCUACGACAGUAUCAGUCUUCCCACCCAUCGCCUAGCACACCGCCUACUUAGGUAAGUUAGCUACAUAUCCAAGCUCUGUUUGCUCCAAGAACUGUAACCUAUCUCCUGCCCACCGUUUUAUACACCGCCUUUUACACCGCCUACUUCACUUAGCCAUCCUCUUUAUGUUUUG